AUGGCUUCACGGUGCAGAGAAAACUUUGUGCGCAAGUCAUCUUCAAAUGAUUUUGAAUUAGACAAUGCAGAGUUCAUUCCAACCCAGGCUUCUGCUGUGCACUGGGGAGAAGACAUCUCUCACUCACCAGGUGCUCAGUUCAGUGUUUCCCCAAGUAACAAUGGCUCCUUGGCAAAGCAGGAGCUGCAAACACUCUGGGAGAUGUUUACCUCCUGGUUGCAGCCUGAAAAGCAGAGCAAGGAGCAGAUGAUUUCUCAACUGGUCUUGGAGCAGUUUCUCCUCACUGGGCACUGCAAGGACAAGUUUGCCUUGACAGAGAAGUGGAAAUCCAGUGGCAGAAACAUGAGGAGAUUCAUGGAGAGUCUGACUGAUGAGUGCUUGAAACCUCCUGCCAUGGUUCAUGUUGCCAUGCAUGGGCAGGAAGCCCUCUUUUCUGAGAACAUGCCCUUAAAAGAAGUCAUCACACAUUUGGAGCAACAGAAAGCAGCAACCACUCCAACACGAGAGAAGGCAAGGGCACUCUUGGAGAUUCCCAAAGAUAUGUUCUUGGUAACAGGACCUGAAAAUACAGAAGAUGGCUGCCAAACUCCAUGGAAUGCUAGUGUGGGAAAUGGCAGUGUUGAUAGUAGUAGAACCCCGAGGGAUUCCCUUCUCACAUUCCAGAGAGUGCAGCAUACGGAACUUGAAGAGGGGGAUGUUUCUUAUAGAAUCCCACAGGUUGUCAGAAGAGCAAGUCAGGGCACCUCCAGAUCCCAGGAAAUGUCCCUGAGGGUAUCUUCUUCUGAAGAUGUCCUUAUGGAGGUACAACCAGUGUUUCUUUCCCUGACAGAGCAGGCUGAGGACACUGGGGAUGGCCACAAUACUACUGAUAUAAGUGGUGAUAUUAUUAGUCUCACAAAUGAGGGAGGUUCCAUUUUCAUUAUCCAAAGAGAGCAAUAUUCUGAGCCUGAUGUGGAAAGUGUUUCUUAUGAAGUGCCUCAGGAUUUAAGAAUAGCAAUGUGCGGUACCUCCAGGUCCCUAGAAGAGUCCCUGUGGGCAGCUUCUUCUGAAGUUGUCUCUAUGGAGGUACCAGGCUUCCUCUCCAGGCGAGAGCAGCCUACUCCUAAGCCUGUCCCUCUUUUCCAGCAUCAUGAGGCAAAUUCCACCUUUGAGGGUUACCAAGAGAGACUCCAGAGAGACCCCAAACCAUACAAAUGUGGGGAAUGUCCCCGAACCUUCAAAUAUCCUCGCAACCUCUCCAUCCACCAGAAAACACACAGGAAGGAGAGGCCAUUUUUCUGUAAGGAGUGCCAGAUAGGCUUUUACCAUGAAUCAGAACUUCGAGUUCAUGAGAUCAUACACAAGGCAGAGAAGCCUUUCAUAUGCGGUAUAUGUGGAAGGGCCUUCAGAUACGAGACCAAUCUGCAGGCUCAUGAGAGAAUUCACACAGGAGAGAAGCCUUACUCCUGCUCCCUGUGUAAUAGUACCUUCCGCCAGUCAUCCACAUACCACUGUCACCUGAGGAAGUUCCACAAAUCAGAAUGA